CUGGGUCAGACAGAGAAGCCAAAUUGGACAAUGGGUUCCCAGUGUCUGUUGCUCUGAAUGCCAUUAUUCAUAGACAUUAAUAAUCUCUUCUUUUCCCCCUAAGAAUGGACAUUCUAAUUAUAAUGGCUUCAUGCAGUUUCAAUCUUGGAACUCUUGUACACAUUUAAGGGUCGACUGUACUUAGCGAGGUCACAUUUGUAAUUGUUGGUCACAGGGUCGUGGAAACAAAACCCUCCGCUUUACAUGGUGCCACUGGGGGUGAGUGAAAGCACUUUAUUGGUGACUUGGUGGACUUGGAUGUAACGUUGCUAGCUAGAGCAGACAGUUUGGUCCACGGGACACAGCAUCUCUCGCUGGUUUGCGUCUUGUGUAAAGUGUAAUUACUGGUUUAAGAGACGUUGUUGGGGUGUACUUUGCCAUGGCAACAUACUUCCUUUAAGGAUGCUGAGCUGAGUAUGGGAACAGCUGAAAGCACAAAGAGAAAACAAAAGUCAGCUAAUCCAAGCACUGCACAGAAGGAACCAAAUUCCCGCACAAGCAUGGCAAACCAGAAAGACAACCUAGACGACUUUAAAGUCCAGACAGCCAAGCAUCCUAACAUGGGCUCGGUCCCUUUACGGCCGCACAGUGAACAAUCUAAAGACCGGUUGUCCAAAAGGCUUUCAACUGAGUCUAAUGGGACCAGUGAAGGAGGGGUGGGGUCGUCUACCCCAGUGGAGGUGACUGCUUUGGAGGAGUCUUUUCGCCGCUUCGCCAUCCACGGUGACACUCGCGCCACCGGCAAGGACAUGCACGGAAAGAACUGGUCCAAGCUCUGUAAGGACUGUGGCGUGAUUGACGGCAAGAACAUCACUCUUACUGAUGUGGACAUCGUCUUCAGCAAAGUCAAGAAGAAAUCCUGUCGCACCAUCACAUAUGACGAGUUCAAGGUUGCACUUGGAGAGCUGGCCAGGAAGAAAUAUAAAGAAAGGACUGGAGAGGAGGCUGAGGCCGAGGUCUUCAAGCUGAUUGAGGGGAAGACACCUGUCAUCGCAGGAGUCACGAGAGCCGUGGCUUCCCCAACAGUGAGCCGUCUUACGGACCCCACCAAGUUUACAGGGUCACACAAGGAGCGUUUUGAUGACACUGGUCGCGGGAAGGGUAAGGCAGGGCGAGUGGAUAUGGUUGACACUUCUGGAUACGUCUCGGGGUACAAACAUCGAGGGACGUAUGAAAAGAAAGUGAAUAAAUAAACCUUACCGUGGGCAAACUCACGUGAGGGCGAGGAUAAGAAAAUAGACAUUUGAUCUGUGAUACUUUUCUAUUAAAAGAGUACUCAAAGAAAGCACAAAAGAAUUGGAUUCCAUAUAUUUUCCCACCCAUCAAUUGUGUGUGUGUGUGUGUGUGAGAGAGAGGUUUUUGAGUUCCUCUCUUUUAGAAGUGUGAGAACUGGAAAACUGUUUACAUCUAUUUUUACAAAGUCAUCACCAGCUGGUACAUUCCUGUCUGAUAGCAAGUUACUGCCAAACACUGAAGAGAACAAGCGAGAGAAAACUGCUUUGCUAUGAAUACUGAAGCUUUGUUGUAAUGAUAGAGCCUUAUAAUUAUUGAGCACAAUGAACAACAUGCCAAGAAAAACAAACGUGGGACAACAGUUUGAUGAAUUAACAACAUUGCACUUUUUAAUGGAAACAUUUUGAAUCCUAUAUAUAUAUAUAUAUAUCUGAUUUGCAGUUUCAAUGAGAAUUAGCACAUUUUUGACACGUUCUUCUUUUGAAAUCUUAAAUUGUUCCCUGCUUCGGUGUUGUCUGUCUGCCAUCCCCACUUGUCAACUGUUAUUAAGUCUUAAAAAAUCUGCUGUUCAUUUUUUUGUAAGCUCACACUGUCAUUUUAAAAAUUUGCCUUCAGCUCAAACCAAGAAACUAAAGUAAGGGUUUCGUCAACUUGUAUUAAUGUUUUUGUGGCAAAAUACAGUGUAGUUAACAUUUUUUGUUAACUGUGAUAUCUUCUUACUUUUGUGAAUAUGUAAAACAUAAAUUCCUACCACGCAGAACUUUUAAAUAUGCCUGCUUGUAACAUACAAAUACAAAACUACAACAGUAAAAUCUAUUUCUCAUACAGUUGUCAUUCAGACCACAAACAAUUUUGCUAACAUGCAUUUUGAAUUUUAAGUUGUUGAAAUUCAGCUGAAGGAAGCUCUCACCACAGAAGAUGAACUCAGUUGUACAAGAUUGUAUUUUUAACGUUUACUAUUUCCAUACAGUAGUUCUAAUAUAUUUGUGGUAAGAUUGUGUAUAUUCUAAAACGUUAUAGCCCCAUGGCUUAAUUUAUGACACUGGCUUCAUAUGUUGUUUUUAUGUAUUGCUGUACUUUGUGCAUGUUUAUGUAUAUUGCAUUUGAUUCAGAAGCAUAUAGAUGACAGUAGGAGUUUGUCAUAUCUUACCUGAGCUGCUGUGAGGACAGACUACUGGACAGACUUAAAUAUUUUCUUGUUAAAAAAAAAAAAAAAAGUAAA